GCCACAUAUAUGUUAUCCCUUGUCCUAGACAAGCCUCUAUUCUUAUCAUGGCAUUUUCUUUCUCUUCCACUAGUACUGCAAUUACAUGUUCAAAGCUUUAUGACAAUUCCGGCCUGCAGUUCACCAGCUUAAGCUCUCAUAAACGUAACCCAAGUCCUGUCAGUGUGAAGUGUGAAUCGACGGAGUCAGAGUUGCCUGCAAAUGCAAAGAAAUCCAUGCUUGAAGUUGGGUCUCCUGUUAUUGUGGUCGAGUCUCCGAGAAUGAUAAAAACUGCAGCAUCAGUUCCAUGCCUCAGGGUUAACUCUGGCCUAGUCAAACCCGGUGAUGUCGGAAGAAUUGUGUCAAGAAAGCCUAAAGAUGUGUGGGCAGUUCGUCUUUCCAUUGGAACUUAUCUCAUUGAUGGGAAGUACUUCAAGCCCUUGGAGAUUGAGCCUUGAACAAAUUUUCAGCUUCGGCACAAUAGUAUAUAUUCUCAUUCUCAGUGAUGAUAACCCGGCCAGUAGCACUGGAAGAAUGAGGGCCAAGCUUAAUAUCAAUUAAUACCAACUGUACCACAUUCUCUUUCUCAUAAUGUUAUUAUUUGGGUAGGUUUUUCUGAUAUUCUGAGUUCUAUUGCAAACGCCCUCGGAAUAUAUGAAUCAUGAAUCUUAUAAACGUGAUCCUAGAAGAAAUCAUAAAGGAAUUUCGAAGCGGUGUCUGCUUUUCAUUCUGGUUUGUCCCUUCCAAAGCCAACUCACAAGAUUUUCUCGAUUAACAAAGGUACAUGAAAUACCUAGAAGUAUCUUGCCUGAUUUGGACCAUGCCCAAUUUGCAUCCCCAGGGAUUCCCACAACAUUAA